AUGGCCUCUUCCACUUAUUCAGCCAUGGCCGAGAUCACGGUGCAGGACCCCGUGACUCAUAAUGAGCGCACGUUUCUCUGCGCCUUGGGCCCACUCCGGACGCACAUGCGGUACUUCGAGCCUCUUAUCCAACGCCAAAUGAGCGAGACCACAGUGUGGCCUCCGUCUGCAUCGCCAUCCUCAUCGGCGGUGGCCUUGACCCUCCGUGCACGGUGCGACCACGUGACAUUUCAGUGGCUGGUGAACUGGAUGAGCGGCAAAACACAGGAGAUCACAAAAGACAACGUUGUGAGCAUCUGCCUCUCUUCGAGUUUCCUGCAGAUGCAGGAGCUUUCCGACAACGCGCUCAUGUACCUCGGUGUACACUUGUCGGAGAUCGUGUCGUCCAGCUUCGACCUGACGAACCUGCCAACGCACUUGGUUCUUCGGCUGAGCCACAUGGUGCGCGACACCGACCUCGCUGCCGCACUGCUCCGUCUACACAAGGAGGGGAGCGUGAAUCACCAGAACCGCGCCCUUGUCGCGUCGCUGCUGCAGCAUUAUGCGUGUCACCAACUGGGAGUGGCCGAUGGCGCAGAAGAGCCUUUGCCAACCGACACGGAGGUGGUGACUCGCGACAGCACUGAUGGAAGCGCGUGUGCCUCAGUCGGGCUGCCAGCAACGCACAGCGGCGAGCUCACUCUUUCUCCUACCUGUAGCUUGCGCUGGUGCCGCCUGUGUGCGACGUUGUUUGAUGAAGGCGAGGUGUACCGGCUCGGCCGCACCUCUCGGCUAUCCAGCCCCGAGUGCCCAGGACAGUACAUGCCGUCGCGCCCCGCCGGUGGCGGGGCUCAUUAUGCAGCGACCGCGGGCCCGACAUUGCGCGUUGGUCCACGUGGUGAGGUCUUUACCACCCACAGUGCAGCACGGCACGCAAUGCCGAUCGUUCUCGAGGCCCCACCAAGACUUAAGAGCGGUGGCACCUCUGCGUCGACGACGGCGGCAGAGGCCGCCUCACCCUUCACGGCAGAGCUGGAGCGAUGGGCGUGGCGCAUUAUUGGUGCGAGCCGAUACGUGGGCUGUAGACGUUGCCUCCAUCUUGUGAGCCUCCUCGACGUAUCCCAACAUCGAUGCUCGGAGUUGCCGAAGAAGUACUCCUCUCCGGACAAUGAGUCUGAAGACGUCAGCUACCUCGUGCGCUGGUUUGACUACUGUGCAGAGCACCAUGUGUACGAGCGCGAGGGCGGUCUAACGCCAAUGCGGUACAGCGGGCCGGCUCACGUACUCGCUGAGGAGGUUGUGGAAGUGCCCAUUUUCGCUUCAAAGCCAGAGCUUGUCCCACAAGGUGCGGCCAAGGCAUUUGCCAGCGCGACUGAGAGUCGCAACGGCGCGAGGGCAGCAGGAAUGGCGGGCACCGGGGGCAUGGCGGAGGACAGUGCCGGCAACUUCACUAGUGCUUUCAUGUCGCCGUAUUCGAGCGAUAUUCACCUCUGGGCCACAAUGCCCUUCUACGUGAAGGAGGUCACGAGCAAGAAUGUUGUUGACAUCGACAUUCUCAACUACGUGGAGCGGCAGCACCGCCUCGGGAUUGAGGCGCAGCAGCGCAGGGCGCCCGCGGUGCCGAACUCCUUCGCGAUGCGCUUGUCCAUUUCACCUGUUGUCACAGGAACAGCAGGAGGUCGCGCUGUCGGCCACCUGGCCUCGUCGUCGUCCUCGCCACGUCCGCUGUCGAGCAUUGGUGGCACGAGCUGCGGUGGCAGUGUGAGCCAUUCCAAGGGUAGAAAAAAGAGCGGUGCUCGCGGCACUCGACCCGGCCUCAGCUCUCGCCCAUCUCCAUACGGCACGCUGUCGUCGACACACUGCUGA